CGUGUUUCCGACUAGUGGUUGAUUGACAAAUGAAAGACGCGGGUAAAAGCCCGGGUGAAUAAGAUUAACUAGUAACAACGAAUGCUGUGGGUUCACCAUAAACAAAAGAGCCUCUGUCUGGAUUUCUAAUGUAACUUAGCAACUUGAGGGUUGGGCAAAGAACUCUGCAACACAGAUAUGUUUUGACAACAGAGUCAGACACGCUUCAACAGCAAACAUGGACAAUAAUUAAAUAAACGUAUCUACAAAGUAUUUUUAAAAUGGCAGACCCAGUGGUUGACCAAAUGACGAGGCUCAGACUGAAAAUGUUGGAAAAGAGACUGGAGAAUGAGAGAAAUGACAACAUUGAAAGAGAAGGUUCAGCGUUUUCCACAAGAAGUUAUGAUGGGCAGGCAGAUGCAUUACACAGCGCUCUGAGACGGAAGAGAAACCUCCUACAGAGACUGAGGGAACAGCAUAUGCUGGAGGAUCUGGGAAGGCCUCACACAUGGGGUGGAUCUCAUAGGCAACAUCAUUAUCAACCUCUUCUUGGGCCACUCCAACCUGUACCUCCCAUCCAUAUCCACCAAAGUGCACCUCCUGCACCUCCACCUGCUCCUCUUCCUCUUCCUCCUCCUGCCCCUCAGCCCCCUCAAAUAAUUCAACACACCGUUCCUCAACAGCCAGCCACCAUUAUCCAGCAGUUACCACAGCAACAGCCUCUCAUAGCACAAAUCCCACCUCCACAAACCUUUCCCUACAGAUCAGGAAGUAUUAAAGAAGACAUGGUGGAGUUGAUGCUAAUGCAGAAUGCACAGAUGCACCAGAUCAUCAUGCACAAUAUGAUGCUGAAGGCUCUUCCGCCAAUGGCCAUGUACCCAGGAGGAAGCAACAGUCAAACCAUACCUCCAGCCUCACAUUCAGAUCAGGACCUUCAACAUUCAACAAUGAGAGGAGGGGUUGUCCAUCAUCACCAUCACUACGGCUCCCAUGUACCACCUCUUCCUCCAAUUGGCUACUCUUUUUGGCCCUCUUUGAUGCCAGCAGGACAAGACGGGACUCAUCAGCCAGCAGUGCAGCCUGUGAUUGGUCCUGUAAACCUGCCCCCCUUAAACACAAUGGGAAUUGAUGCAGUGAACUCCAGGACUCCACUUGGACUCUGAGAAAAAUUGCCAAGGGCAGACAGAGCCCUCUUCAUCUUCAAAGACAGAUAAUACAUUGAAAUGGAUUUCUGACAUUAAUUUACAAGUUUCAAUACAGUUACAUAAUUUUGUAAUUCAUAGGGAUUUGUUAUUUUUUUAUUUUGUUAUAUUGACUGAAGGAUUAAAUAUAAUAUUAAAUAUUAGUGAUAUUUAAAAAUGAGUGCUCAGUUUAAUAAAAAAAAAAUGUUUCAAAAAAAGUCACGUAUGCAGUUUUCGUGGCUGCUUUGCCAUACAACAGACCCUUUUAAAAGUUACAUUUCAUGUCUUUGCACUGUAGUCACUUGUCGUGCUAUAUUUAAAUAGGCAGUACAUUGUGUAAUGCUGUCUUGCGCAACAUAAAGCUUAGCUGAAGCUAAAACUGAGAAUAUGUCAUGUCAAGUAAUGCUGU